CGGCUCGAGGCUGACAACGAGGCGCUGCUCGCCCGCCUCGAGCAGGCCGACCGCGAGCGGCGCGACGCCGAGGCGACGCUCGUGGCGCGCGCCGCCGCCGUCGAGGAGGACCUGCUGCCGUUCAAGCAGAUGGCCGAGACGUUCAAGGUGCGCUGGCGCGAGGCUGUUGAGGAGCUGGCCGCGCUGCGCGCCCUGACGGAGCGAGGCGACGCCACACAGGCCGCCGCCUGCCAGACGGAGCCACCACCCGAGCGGGCCGCCCUGGAGCGGAUGGUCGCUGGCCUCGAGGAGGUGCGCCAGGGUCGCGCGGAGCUGGAGCGGCGCCUGGAGACAGAGCUUCGGCAGCGUGACCAGGCCGUGCGCCAGCUGGCUAGCCAGCUGACGGCGCUGGAGGAGCUGCAGCAGCGCGGCGCCCAGCUGCUGGAGGAGAUGAACACCAUGAACGAGACGUUGAAGGAGCGGGGCGGCGCCAUCUCGCAGCUGGAGGAGCUGCUGGCGGUGGCGCGGCGCGAGACAGAACAGCGCCAGGAGACGCUGUCCGCGCUGGAGGCGGAGAAUGGCCGUCUAAAGGAGACGACAGAUGCGGCGGAGAAAGAGAAUGGGACGCUGAGAGAGGCGCUCGAUGGUGUGCAGAUUGAGAGCAGGAAAAAGGAUCUUAAACUGGAGCAGCUGCAGAGUGCUGGAACAAGGGCAGAUGACCUUGCAUCAGAGAGGGACCAAUUGGAUGGACAAGUCUCUGCGCUGAAUCGGACUAUAGAAAACAGCAAGGUGGAAAUUAAUGAGAUAAUAGCACGCAAUGAUGCCAUGGAAAAGAAGGUGAAUGGGUUGGAAGCGCAAAUUAGUGAGUUAAUUGAGCAGAACCAUGCGUUCAAAACGAAGGCACAUGAGUUGGAAGUUCAAGUAAAUGAGCUAACCGAACAGAACGAUGCGUUCAAGACGAAGGCACGUGACUUGGAAGUUCAAGCCAGUGAGCUAACCGAACAGAACGAUGCGUUCAAGACGAAGGCACGUGAGUUGGAAGUUCAAGCCAAUGAGCUAACCGAACAGAACGAUGCGUCCAAGACGAAGGCACGUGAGUUGGAAGUUCAGGUAAAUGAGCUAACCGAACAGAACGACUCUCUCAAAAAGGAAGCGCAUGAGUUUGAAGUGCUUUGCACCGACUUGAAAGCUAGAUCAGCUGACCAAGAGGAGCGGAUUGGAGUUCUUCAGGCAAAGGCAAACGGUUUGGAAAGAGACAACAAUGCAUUUAACGAUAAUCGAGAGCAGCUAGUGAAAGAAACCGACGCAAAAGUGGCUGAUUUAAACGCGCAGAACAUGGCCCUCAAGUUCAAGAUACAGGAGCUCGAAGAACAAGCAGAACAUAUUAAAAUUAAAGCAAUGGAGAAUGGCGAACAGAACGGCAUUCAUGGACAUUCCCUGGAGGCAUCCAAAGAGGGCAAGCGGUUAGAUGCGGAAGCAGAAGAUGGUGACGUAGGUGACGUCACUGUAGGGACUCACCUGGAUGGUUCCGGUGAAGCGGUGACGGGAGAGGAGCCAUUUGAGGUGCAGCGGGUCGCGACCGUCUGCCAGCCGGCCCCGCGUGCGGCCGCGGGGGCGAAUGACGCCGCAACAGGUGUGGAGCACGGCGGCGCGUCGGAGGCGCGACAGGUGGAGCUGGAGACCGAGAACAGAGUGCUGCUGGCCCAGCUGGACGACGUGCAGCGCGAGAACAGAUGCCUGAUGUCGGAGCUGAAUACGCUGAAGCUCAACAGCUCCGCCAGCACCCGGCUGGAGCAAGUUGAGGAGGAAAAUCGGGCGCUGCAGGCCAAGCUGAAGGCCCAGGAUGUUGCUGAUGCGCGUCAAGACGGUUCGGAGGGGCUGUGCGCGAGUCUCAGCGAUCCGCUGAACCGGCCCGUUGAUCAGGAGCGCUGCGAGGAAGAGCUCCGUCUUCGUGUUCAAUCCCUCCAGACCGAACUGGAGGAGGUUAGCGGGGAGCGGGACCGCCUCCAGUCGAGACUCGCUGAGGUUGAGGCGGAGGUGCGCUCCAAGGAGGUGAAACAAGCGGACCUCGAAGCCCAAGUUUCCUCGCUGGAGAGACAAUAUUCGGUGGUGCGAGACGAGAAUGAAACUCAUAAAGUCCAAGCACAAGAGCUAGAAAAACCGAACGAGGCAUUGCAGUCCCGUAUUGAGAAACUCCAGGACGCGAAUCACGCACUCGAGUCCAAGCUUCUUGAGCUGCGGGAUCAGAAAGCUGCCGUCGAUCGGCGGGAGGCGGAGGUUCUCGAGGAGCGCGACGCCCUUAAGGAACUGCUGGCGCGGAUGGAAUCGGAGUUCGCGGACACUAAGAGAUGCCUGGUGGAGGCAGAGGGAGAGAGCGGCUCUUUGCGGGGGAGAGUGGCGGAGCUGGAGUCGGAGCUGUUGGGCGUCCAGACGCGCCUAGCCGAGGCAGAGGAAGAGAGCGGUUCCCUGCGGGGCAGAGUGGCGGAGCUGGAGCCGGAGCUGUUGGCCGUCCAGACGCGUCUGACCGAGGCAGAGGGAGAGAGCGGUUCCCUGCGGGGCAGAGUGGCAGAGCUGGAGCCGGAGCUGUUGGCCGUCCAGGCGCGUCUGACCGGGGCAGAGGGAGAGAGCGGUUCCCUGCGGGGCAGAGUGGCGGAACUGGAGCCGGAGUUGUUGGCCGUCCAGGCGCGUCUGGCCGAGGCAGAGGGAGAGAGCGGCUCCCUGCGGGAGAGGGUGGCGGAGCUGGAGCCGGAACUGUUGGCCGUCCAGACGCGCCUGGCCGAGGCAGAGGGAGAGAGCGGUUCCCUGCGGGGCAGAGUGGCGGAACUGGAGCCGGAGCUGUUGGCCGUCCAGGCGCAUCUGGCCAAGGCAGAGGGAGAGAGCGGCUCCCUGCGGGAGAGGGUGGCAGAGCUGACCAAUCGGCCGCCGCGCGCCGAAGACACCGAGGGUGGUCCGCUGCGAGUCAAAGCCGACGAGUCAGGCACCGGCUCCCGACUCGAUCUGUCGGAGACGCAGAGCGAGGCGCUGAGCACCAGCACAGCGCUCAGCCGGGCCGACGACCUGUCGCGCAUGCGCGACGUGGAGGACAGCAUCGAGGAACGCUACCACAAGCUGCGGGCGCUGGCCGUCAAGCUGAAGAAGAAGGUGGUGCAGCUGACCAACCAGAGCGCCGCCGAGGCGGAGGCGCGGCAGAAGGCGCAGGGCGAGCUCAGUCAGCUGACUGGCCAGCUGAGCACCAGCAAGAAGGAGGCGGCCGCGCUGCGCGUGCAGGCGCAGAACCUGCAGGCUCUGCAGGCCAGCUAUGACCGGCUGCAGGAUCAGGUCGACUCGCUGACCUCGUCCGACCGUGACCUGCGGAACGAGCUGACCCGGGCCGGCGAGCAGCUGAGCCAGCUCAAGCUUGAGCUGUGCGAGAC